AUGUCAGCUCUAACUCCACCAACACAUUCGAUUGACCUCGAGACGGGGAAACAUUCAAGAACCGUCCAACCACUGGAUAGUCUUGAAGAAUUGGAUCAGGCUUCUAAGACGCUUUGUAGGGCAUUUGCAGAUUCAUCAGCUAAUGAUUAUUUGCUAAGGAAAUUUUUCAAACUAUCAUUAGAUGAACCAAUGUCCAGAUGCCGCUUAAAUGCAAUGCUAACAUAUUUGAUAGCAUGGUACCAUGACUUGGGAGGUGAAGUCGUGCAGGCCAAGGAUUUUGAUGCCGUUGGUGUUUGGUCGUCGCCUGGACGUCAUCUACCACAUACCUACAGUGAUGAUCCCAAAUUUAACGAAAUUUUCUUCGAAAGAUUAGAUGAGCGCAAGUUGGAAGUAUUACCAGCGGGAAUGGACUAUUACUACCUUUUCAUGAUUGGUAAAGAUCCUACACAACGCAACGUCAGAGGUUCCGUGAGGAAAAUCUUAGAGGAUUAUAAGAAAAGGGCUGACGAAGAUAAUUGCGCAUGUAUCUUAGAGGCCAUUAAUGAGCAUGCAAAAUCCGUUUACGAAUAUUUCGGCUACAAAGUCGUUCAAGAAUUUAAAUUCGGUGAAGGCGAAAUUAAUGAAGACGGUACAUUGGACCCAAACGGUAAAGGUUUCACGGCAUACCUGAUGAUUUAUUACAAGGCUCCAGAACUCUUGAAAAUAAACUAA